GAAGAAUAUAUAUCUAUAAUCCAUUUUCCCAUCUCGCUAUGAUCACCAUGGCUCACCCCAGAAAGCUUCUAUUUCUGAUAACACCAACACUUGUCUUCAUCCUCCAAAUCAGUUUCUGUUCUUCCCAAUCUGUUAUCAAAGGAGGGUAUUGGAAUUCAGACAGUGGGCUCGCAGUUUCAGACAUCGAAGCCUCCUAUUACACACAUCUCUUCUGUGCAUUCGCAGAUCUUGAUUCCAAGACCAAUGCAGUCACCAUUUCUUCUUCCAAAGCUUCCCAAUUCUCAUCCUUCACCCAAACAGUUCAACAGAAGAACCCUUCUGUCAAAACCCUCUUGUCCAUUGGUGGUGGACUCGCUGUGAGCUCAAGCUUCUCUCAAAUGGCGAGCAGUGCCAGUUCUCGCAAAUCAUUCAUUGACUCUUCCAUCAAACUUGCCAGAGAUAACAACUUCCAUGGUCUCGACCUCGAUUGGGAAUACCCAUCUUCAGACACAGACAAAACCAACUUUGGUUCUCUCAUAACAGAGUGGCGAUCGGCUAUAUCUUCUGAAUCUCAAUCCUCUGGAAACCCAGCGUUGCUGCUAUCAGCUGCGGUGGCUGGAUCAGACCAAAUUUCACCAUUGAACUUUUACCCACCUCAUGAAAUUGCGAACAACAUGGAUUGGAUCAACGUGAUGGCUUAUGACCUGUUCAUUCCAGAUGGAUACCCAGAUAAGACACAGCCACCUGCUCCAUUGAAGAACCCAGGUGGGAUGUUUAGCGGAGACGAAGGGGUUUCCAAAUGGAUUCAAUUGGGUGUGCCGGCGAACAAAUUGGCUCUGGGUUUGCCGUUUUAUGGGUACAAAUGGAGCUUGACGAACCCUAACAAUGGCGGGUUGUUCGCAGAAGCGACGAAUCCUGGAGUGGGAGCUGUGAAGUACAAGGAUAUUGUAGCAGUGGGUGGAACGGUGAGCUAUAAUUCAACGUACGUGACGAAUUAUGCGCAGAAAGGAUCGGAUUGGUAUGGUUAUGAUGAUACUCAGAGCGUUUCUGCGAAAGUUGCUUAUGCGAAGCAGAGAGGAUUGCUUGGAUAUUUUUCUUGGAACGUUGAACAGGACUCUGAUUGGAUUCUCUCCAAAACUGCUUCUCAAACUUGGGGGUGAUGGACAAGUCCAACAGAGCAAAAGGAAUAUCGCCAAAUAUAUAUAUAUAAAUAAAAAUAAAAUAAAUUGUUUUCAAAGAUCUUAAAUUUGUAAAGUUUAUGUCUUAAAGAAUCAUAUGGCUCUUAAGUCUUUGUAUGAAUUCAUAGUCUCUAUAUUUUGUACAUUUUAUGAAUUUAAGAUUUUCAAUAAAAAGAAUUAUGUAUA